AUGUUUUUUUCCAAAGAGAGGCGCGAAAAUGAAGAUGUGAAACGAAGCUCAGGAAAUAAAAAUAUGUCACAUCAUAAAAAUAAAAAAUAUGUAAGGCAUUUAAAGCAAUCAUUAUAUAAUAAUAAAUAUAUUAAUAAAUUCCAAAAAAGAAAUAAAGAUUUAAAAACAAAAAAGGGAGGUAAUGUUAAUUAUGUAUAUAACAAUGUGUCAAUGGAUAUAAAUAAUAAUAAUAAUAAAUCUAACCAAUUAUAUUUUAAUAAAAAUUUAAUAAAUCGGAAUAAUAAAGAAACACAAAACAGAAUAAAUGCAUAUAAAAAAAAUUAUUUUAAUCAUGAUAAUAUAAAUUAUAAUAGUUUAAUAAAUACACAAACACCAGUUUGCUCUAUACAUAUAGACAAAACAGAUGAAGAAAUAACAAAACAAUUACAAUACAAUGAAAAACUUAAUUCUUCACAAUAUAAUAAUUCAAACAAUGAUGUUAUAAAUGAUAUACAAAAUAAUACAUAUCCAACAUUUAUAGAAGAAAUUAUAUUUACAACUAACAUAGUUUUAUUUACAGGAAUACUUAUAUUACCAACUAAUGAUAAAAUAUUUCAUAAUUUAGAUUUUGAAGGAAAAACAAAUCCAUUACCUAAUGAAUGCAAUUUAAAUAUUUAUAUAAAUGUUGUUAAUAAAUAUAAUUCUCAAUAUUUUAAACAAUUGUUUCCUGUUUCUUAUAAUUUUAAAAGCAGACUUUUUUAUGCAGUUCCUGACAACAAUUCAGCCGUUGAUUCAACAUUAUUAAUUGAUAAAAUCAUUAUAAAAGGAAAUUUUAAAACCCUUUCUUUUAUUGUUUUAGGCCAAUCCGAAGAAAUUAAUGAAUCUUUAAGAUACUAUCGUGAAAACCUUUAUGAUAUAAACAUGAAAACAAAAAUUAACGAAACAACAGUAGAUGUUGAAAAUAUAGAAACAGAAAAGGAUGAUGUUUAUUCUCCUAAAAAACCAGUAUAUAUAAAGACAUAUAACAUAGCCAAUUUAAUGGAUGAAAAUUAUGAUUUUGAAAAAAAACAUACUAUUAAUGAUCAUAAAAAUUAUGAAAAUAGCCAAAUAGGUGAAUUAAAUGAAUUGUCAACAUUUUCAAAUAUACUAGAAGAGGAGUUUGUUAAAAAUAAUAUUCAUCAGAUAAAUAAAAAUAAUAAAAAUGAUCAUGAAAAUAAUAAUUGUAACAAUAUUGAUGAUAAUUCUAAACCAAGUGAGGAAACAAAAGUAAAAGAAGUUGAACAAAAUAAAUCAGGUCAAAAUGAUUUAAACAAAUCAUGGGAAUCAGAUUUAAGCGAUUCAUCAAUUGAAGCAGAUGAUAAUAAUCAUUUUAUUCCUCCAAAUAAUGAAUUAAUUAUAAAAAUUUUAAAUUGUUUAACAAAUUUAUAUAAAAAAAAAAAAGAAAUAGACAGAAAUGAUUUACCAAUAUAUAAAAAAAUAAUUAAAUUUGGAGUAAUGUGGUUAUUUUAUAUAUAUCAAAAUAUUAAAUCUGAUGAAGAUAAUUUUUUAUUUAAUUAUUCAAAAUAUACACAAAUAAAAAUAUAUGAUAUAUUAGGAUGUUUACUAAUUUUAAGGAGGUGUGCUUUAUAUCCAAAUUUAGCAAAAUAUAUAAUACAUAUGCAAAUUAAUUCAAAAUUAGUCCAAAUUGAUCGUAUGCGUCCAUAUAUACUUAUUUAUUUAAUCGAUAUCCUUAGAAUUGAUGGUGUUUAUUUUUUAUCGUCUUGGAAAAUUAAAACGUCCAUUUUAAAAACAAUCAUUGCGUUAAUAUCGAAUUAUUAUGUUAUGGACCUUUUCUGUAAUUAUGUCGAUGAAAAUAAUGAAACUUUGUACACAAAACUACUUACUUUAUCUUCCAACAAAAAAAUGAAAAGAUAUAACAUAAAAAGACUUCUUGGAAUAAUAAUAUGUAGAGUUAAACUUUAUGAUGAAAUACAUAAAUUCGAAAACAGUGUUAUAGAUAUAAUAAUUCAUAGAGAGGAUUAUAAAAAUUGUCUUUUCAAUGAAAAUAUCACUUCCAAAUUAAUUUACGAAUUAAAAAAUAUACAUAAAGAAUUAUAUCAACAUUCUUGUAAUCCUGAAAGCAAAAAUAGCUGUUAUGAUAUUUUUUAUGAAAAUGAAAUAUUUAUCAGUGAAGAGAGUGAACAAAAUUAUAAUUAUUAUUACACAUAUAAAUUGCAUAACUAUAUGUUAUCAUAUUUAGAAAAAAGUCAAUUUUUUAACAUGUUUUUGUACAUUUUAAAAGAGUUUGAAAAACAUAUAAAAAACAUAUUAUUUUUAAAUUCGUAUGAUAUAUCUUUUAUUACAACUCUUAAUGAUUUUAUAUUUUAUUUCCUGAACUGUUCAGGUGGAAUAAAUUUGUUAAUCAAUUAUAACAUCGAAUUGUACAAAAAAACGUACAUAAAUAUUUGUCUAAUUAUAAAUAAAAAAAUGAAACAAUUAAACAGUAAUAUAAAUAAUAAGAAUGAGGAAGGCGAAGAUGCCGAUGAAAAUGAUAAAAAUUCGGUGAAUAAUAAUAAUAACGAAAAUUAUACAAAUAUUAAUGAAGAAAAUAAUUACAGCCAAAAUGAUGAUAAUGAAAAAGAACAAGUAGAAAACGAAUUUAACAAUAAUUAUGAUUUUGAUGAUCCAUAUAAUGAAAACAAACAAAAUAAUAUAAAUGAAAACAUAAACCAAAUGAAAAAUUCAGGAGAUUCAGAAUAUAUAUUUCCUGAAAAUAAUAAUUUUGCUUUUUUUCAAAACAAAAAAGAUGAAGAUUUAAAUAAAGAGACAUUUAAUAAUUUGGAUGAAAAAAAAGAAAAAAAAAUUUUGUAUAAUGAAAAAAACUUUUUUUAUGAUAAUUUAAAAUGUGUAUAUACAUAUAAUGAUAUUUUAAGAAAUAAAGAUAUUUCGGAUAUAUAUUAUUUAAAUGGAUAUAAUUAUAAAGAUAUGAAAAAUACUCGUAAUUCUUGUUCAUAUAUUUUAUGUUCUAUAAUAGCAUUUUAUAAAUCAAAUUUAUUAAUUAAUAAUUUUUUUAAAUCAGAAGAAAAUAUAUCGUUAGAAUAUUUUAAAAUUUUUAAUCUCCUUUCUGCAUAUCCACUAUUUAAAUUAGCAAUGUGCAAUAAUAGAAAUAUUCUAAACUUUUUAAUUCAUCUUACACAUUUGUUAUAUUAUUUUAUUUUUUUGGAAAAACAAUAUGAAGAAAGCAAUUUCUCCAAAUUCCAAAUUAAGUUUAGAAAAAAUAAAAUAAAUGACAAUAAUAUAACAGAAGGGAAUAAUUCUACUAAUUUUUUUGAAGAUAAUAAAAUGAACAAAUCAGAAAACAAUAUGAUAUCGAAAAAUGUCAAAAAAAAAUUCUAUAAAAAAAAUUCGAAUGAAUAUAUUUUAGUAGCUAUUAAAUAUAUAUUAAGUAUAAUUUAUAAUUUAAUAUUUUAUGAUUAUUCUGGAUAUUUUAUUUUUCAUUCUGGCUAUUCUAUUUUUGUAUGUUUAGAAGAAAUUAAAAAUUUAAUUGGUGAAAUUAAAAAAAAAAAAGAUUAUUAUUUUGGAGCAUUAAAUUGUAAAAAUCUUAAUAAUUUUUUUUUAAAGGAUUAUAUAAGUAAUGAUAAAAUUCUUUUUAAAAAAUAUUUCAUAAUGUAUGAAAAUUUGAAAGGUCUGUAUGCAGAUUUAUAUAAAUAUGAAAAAAAACGAUUUAAUGAAAUGGAUAUACAAAAAAGAAAAGAAACAUAUAAAAAUGCGAUGCUAGAAUUUGUACAUAAAUAUGAUAAAUCAAAUAGCGAAGAUAAUACAAAUAUUGAAAAUAAUAAUUAUUCAAAUUCUAAUUUUAUUGAUCAUAUUUUAUCUAUAUAUCAAGAAAAUCAAUUUUUUAAUUUUAUUCCAUUAAGAUCGUGUUAUACCCCAAAUGUCUGUAAAAUUAUUGAAGCAUUAAGAAUUGAAAAAGAUAAAUAUAUUUUAAAAAAAUCUAAAGAAUUAAAUAAUUAUAAUUGUAAAUUAAACAAUGAUAUAUAUAUAAGUAACUCUUCAAAAAGCUGUACUCGAUUAGGAACAACUAUGAAUGAUCAAUAUAUAGAAUUGUUAGAAGAAUUUGAUGAUAAUAUUAUUUCCACUAUUAAUUCAAAUACUACUAUGUCAGGAUUAGAUAUUAAUAAUUCGAAUUUAAACACAAUAUCUAAUUCUGCUUCUUCAGCUAUUUCAAAUGUUGGAAAUAAUUCAAAUUCAAAUUCAAGUGCCAAAAUAGGGUAUUAUCCUAUUUUACCUCUAAACUUGUUGUAUUAUUAUAUGAAUCGAUGCCCUAAUAUUAGUUAUUUUUCUAAUUUAUACAAAAUAGAUAAUGAAAAUGAAUCACAAAAUGAUGGAAGCGAAUAUAAUGAAAACACAGAUAAUGAUUACAAACAAAACGAAGAAAUAAACAAAGAAGAUAACAAAUAUGAUGAAGAAAAUGAUAAACAAUUUUAUCAAAAUAAAUAUGGCCUAUUCUUUUAUGAUAAUUUGAUAUAUAAUAAUUAUAUAUGUGUCAAAAAUAAUAAAUUAGAUGAAAAAAAUAAACCAAUUAUUAAUCAAAGGAAUUGUACUGAAAUUUAUUAUCAAUCAACAAAUAGUCAUUUUUUUAACGAAAAUGAUAAUGAAAUUGAUAAAAAUUAUAAAAAGAAUGAUUAUUAUUUAAAAUCGAUAAACUAUAUAAAUAAAUAUGAUGAUAAUAAUUAUAAAAAUAUAGGAUCAAAAAUAUACCUAGCCAAUAAUCUUGAAUUUAUAAUAAAAUUAAUUAACAAAAGUAUUUUUUUUUUAAAUAUUAAUAACUUAAAAUUAGCUCUAAUUAACUUCAAUAAGUUAAAUGGGAGAAAUCUUUGUAAAAUAAUAAAAAAUCGUUUAAAAACAUUAAAUUUUGUAAAAAGUAUUUUAAACGUUCUUUUUAAUUUUUUUUAUAAUUUAACCGCUAUUUCAAAAUAUCAAACAAUUGCUAUGCUAAAAUCUUAUAGAAAUCAUGAGUUAUUUUAUUCCCUUUUAUAUUUAUUAAAUAAAUUAUUUAGCUUUAAUGAUUGGUUAGGUUCAAAUAAUAUAUCAGAAUAUAAUCAUCACACAUCUAUAUAUACUUUAAGAUAUAAUAUUAUUUAUAUUUUAAGAAUAUUCUAUUGUUGGUUUAAUAACACUUCAGAUAAUCAAUCUUUUCUUUUAAGAUCGAUUUUAAGAUAUACUAGAAUUUUACCUUCUUUUAAUAUUUCAGGCAUGUUAUUAUUAUUAAUUUUUUUUGAUUUUAAAAAUAUUUUUCCAGAAUAUAUUUAUUCAUUUUAUUUGUCCACAAAUUUGAAAAACAUUUGUUAUGAAAAUAGUACAUCUACUACCCAGCACGAUGAUUCACAAAUAGACAAACCAGAUUCUGAGAAAACAGAAAUGUCAGAUUCACCUUUUGAAAGUGAAACAGAUUCCCAAUAUCUUCAAAAUAUUUCCAGCGACGAGUCUGAAAAUGAUGGCGUGUUCAGCACAUUAAUAUCCCAGAAAAGUGACAAAAAAAAAAAUGAAAAUAAUGAAAAAAGAAAUGCAAACAAUAACUUGUCUAUAUAUGAUGAAGAAGUAAACAAAUUCAAAUUAGAACUUAUUAAUAAUUAUGAACAUCUGGAAAAUCGCCUCUUUAAAAAUAGUGAAAAUCUAAAAACUGAUGCUAGUUUAAAUAAAGAAAAUGCACAAGACUUUUUUAAUUAUUCUAAAAUGUUAAAUAAUAAUUAUACAGGAAUUUAUAGUGAUACUGAUGCAGAUAAUGAAAAAUCAGAUUCAGACAAUGAGAGUUGCAAAGAUGAUGAGCAAUUGGAUUUUAAUAAAAAUAAAAAUGAAGAUGAUGAAAUAAAUAAUAAUGAACUAAAAAAAAAAAAAUUAGAAAAAAUUAUUUUAUAUUGUAAAAUUGAAGAUCCAUACAUUGUUUCAAAUACUAGUGGAAAUAAUAUAAUAGAAAAUGAUAGAAAUAACUUAGAUAAUAUAAACACAGAAACAAAACUACUUUAUAUGUGUUGUUCUAUAAAUACAACAAAGCGUAUAAUUAAUGACCAAUUUUCAAAAGAAUAUCGAAUUUUAAAUUUAAAUUUUGCAGAAGAUGAAUAUGAAAAUACAUUUUAUUUUACAAAUUAUCAUAAUCGAAUCACAAACAAUUACUUAUCCUUUAUAGGAAAUUUAAAUAUAAAUUUUGCAGAUCUAAAAGAUGUAGAUAUCCAAAAAAGCACAAAUUUUAUUAAUAAAGAAAUUGAAAAUUCACUAAUUCCUUCACCUCCAAAUACAAUGAAUGUGACUAAGAAUAUUCACAAUUCCUUAGAUCAUAUUAUGCAUAGAAAUUAUAUUGGGAAUAGUAGAUGCGGUAUUUCAUUUUUAUCAUAUAAUAAAGUCUAUAUAAAGAAAAAAAUAAAAAAUAAAUUUGAUAAUAAUAUUUCAGAAUUUAAAGACAACUUGACACUUCAAAUAAGUCCAUAUCCAAUACAGCAUUUCUUAAAAGACAAUGAAAUAGAUAAUGUAGAAAAUAUAAUGAAUAUAUUAAGAAAUGAUGAACAUACAUUUGAUGAACAUAUAAAUAUAAGAUAUUUAAAAAAAGAAGAAAAAGAAAAAGUGUUUUUAAUAAAAAAAGAAUUAAAAAAUAGAGAAUACAUAAAUUUUGAGGAUAUAUGUGAUUAUAUAAAUUUUAUACUUCGAAUAGGAAAAAGUAAUAAUGUAAUAGCUCGAUGUCUAAGUGCAUAUUGUUGUGUCAUAUUUAUAAAUCAUAGAAUACCAAUUUUUUCUAUUUUAUUUAAACAUAUUGAAGAUGUUAUAUCAAAUUUAAUUUCAACCACUUUAUGUGGUAAAAAAGAAGAAAGUAAUAGCAAUACAACUAUAUUUAUGAAUAAAAUUAAUUAUUUUUCUUUUUAUUCAUAUAAUAAUAGUCAAUCAAAUAAUAUUUAUUACACAUAUAAUCAGGAAUUAUAUAUAUUAAAGGAAUUGUCUAAUUUAUUAUGUUUUGUUCUUGAUAUUUUAAAAAUAUCUUUUUUUAAUAAUUAUAAAAAUGCUUAUAAUAAAUUAAUUAAAAUUUUAUAUUUACCAUCUCAUAAGUUAUUAAAUAUAAUUCAAAAUUUGGUUAUAAAACUUAAGAAUAUUUUUCCACAAGAACUUAUUCGAUUUAUUAUUAAAAUUACAUCUACAAUAUUUCAGGGAUAUAUUUAUGUUUUUUUCUUAUAUUUCACAAAACACACUAUUAUAUAUAAUCAAUUAUAUUUCUUAAAUAAAAAUAUUCAAGAUUAUACAUUUAUUCAAAAUGAUAACUCAAAUUCUUUAUUUAUCCAUAAAGAUAUAUUAAUUAGUGAAAAACAAAAUAUAUUUUUAUUCUCAAAAAAAGAUAAAAUAUUUGAUAAACCAGAUAAUAAUAGUCAAUCUAAAUUAGAUACAAAUUUAACAAUAAAAAAAAAUGAACAAAUUUCAAAUAAUAAAAUGGAAAAAUAUACACAAGUUUUUUUUUCAUGUCCUAACUAUAUAAAAUAUAUAAGAUUUUUUUUUAAAUAUUAUUUUAAUUUAAUUAAUACAAAAAAUGUUAUUAAUAAUAAUAAUAAAGAUAUAAUUUACAAAUAUUCAGAUUAUAUUAAUUUAAAAACAGUUACUAUGUGUCUAUCUACUAUUUAUGAAAUUAUCAAAAAUAAAGUUAUUUAUUUUUUCAUUUUUUUUAAAGUUGAAAAAAAAUUAGAAAAUCUUUUCUUCAAAUAUAUACAAACAUAUAAAAACCAUAACAAAAUUGUUACACUUUUUACAAAAGUUGAUAUUAAAUUUCAAAAAAUACAUGAGUUAUAUGACAAAGAAAACGAUUAUAUUCAUACUUUUAAUUUUUUUUUAAAACUUAAUAAAUAUAUAAAUAUAUCAAACUUAAUCGAAUUUUUCUCAUUGUAUUUUGAUAUUAUUCAAGAUAGCACUAAUAAAAAUUUAUACAAAAUAAUUGAGUUAUAUGAGUAUUUAAAUAUUAUAAAUAUUAUAUUAAAUAUAGUUAUACAAAUUAUUAAUUACAAUUUUAAUUCCCUUUUUAUACUUAUACAUCUUUUCCAAAAUAACGAUGAAGAGCCUGUGAAAUUAUUAAAUCGUAUAAAUCAAAUGUACAAAAUUUGCAAAAUUGAAUAUAAUGUAAAACAAAUAUAUAAUCAUAUAGAUGUAAAAAAAUGUAGAAAACAAUAUUUUAAAUCUUUAUGUAAAUUUUCUAAAUAUAUAUUCGAUUUUAAGAAAAAUUUUCUGAAUUCAUUGUUGAAUUCUAUGCGCAAUUUAUAUCAAUUUAUUCUAAACAAAUCGAAUCAAACAAAUCAUAAUGCAACCAAUUCUGAACCCACUUCAAACAUAGAACCCGAUUUAUUAAAUAAUUCAAAUUAUACAGAAAAUGCUAUAGACAAAGAUAAAAAUAACUUUCUCAUUAUUUUUGCAAAUUCAAUUUUAACUAUUAUAAAUAAGUUAGAAAGUGUUAAAAGAAAAGUAUUAAAUUUAGAUACAUCUUAUAUUCCAGCUAUUACUUUUAAAAAUUUUCUUUUAUUUAUUUGUUAUGAUCUUGACCAACUACAUAUCUUAUAUAAAGAUCAAUCUGUAAAAAUAAAAACAAAACUUGAAUUGAUUUCAAAUCAAAACGAUGAGUCAAUGGCUACAUCUAAAAGAAGGAAGCUUGAAAAUGAUGAAAAUGUUGAAAAUGAUGAAAAUGUUGAAAAUGAUGAAAAUGUUGAAAAUGAUGAAAAUGUUGAAAAUGAUGAAAAUGUUGAAAAUGAUGAAAAUGUUGAAAAUGAUGAAAAUGUUGAAAAUGUUGAAAAUGUUGAAAAUGAUGAACGUAACGAAACUUAUGCAUUGAAAAAAAACUAUUCUUUCUAUUUUGAAAAAAUGUAUAAUAACACAAGUUUUAUGAUAAAUAACCGCUACUUAUUUAAUAAGUUGUGUGAAGUUUUUUAUUCAAAUUUAUUUUUAAACAAAAUAACAAAGGCAUAUGAAUCGCAUCAACAUUUAGAUAAUAAUUAUUUAACUACUAUAAAAAAUAUAAAUAUUAGCAACAUUAAUCCAUCACUUAAUAAAAAAAUAUAUGAUUAUCCUUCUCAUCUUUUUUCUGAUAUUUUGUCAAAAAUAUAUUUAUAUGAAAAUGAUGAAGAUAAAAAAAGUUUUACAUUAUUUAAUUUAUCACAACAAAACAAAACUAAAGAAAUUGAUCAAACACAUUCUUUGUAUAAUUAUAUUAAUAUAUUAAAAGAAGAAUUUAAUAAAAUGCAAAAAAAAAAAAAUGAAUUAUUAUCCCAAGCAAAAAAUAAACAAUAUAAUAAAAGAAAUGAUAAAAAUUCAUAUGACGAUCAUUUUAGAAAUAGAAAAACCAUAUCUUCUAGAGCUCCGUCAAAACAUGUUGAUGAUUAUGAAGCAGAAAAAGCAAAUCAAACAACAAAUAAUGAAAAUGAAAAUGAUGAAAAUAAACAAAUAACUGAACAAGUUGAAUUUUGUAAUAGUGAAAACUUACAUGAACAUGUUGGAACUCAAAAUAAAAAUAUAGGAGAUUUUAAUUCAGGAAAAAAUGACAGUAUUUCUUCUAAUAAUAUAAAUAAAAAUAAUCUAAAUAUGUUUAGAAAUACUAAUAUUUCUAAUACUGUAGAUAUGGAAGGAAAUAUUAUGAACAGCUUUGAUGAGGAUGAUAAUUUUGGAAAAAAUCAAAAAAAAUUACAAAAAAAUAUUAAUUAUUUAACAAAAACUAAUAUAAAUAAUGAUGAGGAAAAUAUCAAUAUUAAUGAAACAGAUGAAUUUCAUCAAUAUUCUAAUUACAAUAAUAAUACAAUUCAUAUCGAACCAAAUGAUAAAAAUCUUCAAAAUAUAUCUGAUAAUAGUGAAUUAGUAAAUAAAACAUCACAAUUUGAAGGUUGUACAUGUUAUAAAUUUACAUUAUUAGGAUGGAAAGAAUUUUCAGAAGAUGGGCAUAAAAAUGAUUUAGAUGUUUGUAAAAUUGUUAAUAAACCUGUUUUAUUAAAAGAUCCACGAAUUAAAAUGAAGUUUCUUAGAAUUUUGGAUAGGCAUAAUAAUAUAAAAGAUAUUUUUAAAAAGCUAGGUGUCGAUAUAAAAUAA